GCACGCGCCGGGGAUUCUAUUUCCGGUUCGAACAGUUUCCUGCGAACACACAGGCUUCAUGGAGAUUCUAACCGUGUUUACAGACUGACAUGCCAAGCCGUGGCUCCGAGGCUGUUUUUCCUUUCGUGUUUUUUUUCUCAGCAGAGAGACGAUAACGGCUGCGGCUCGUUAGUGGGUCAUACCGAAGGGAGAGCAGCUGAAGCCUGCCUUUAUUGAGUCAAAAUGGCGUCUGGUUCUCCACUCAGUUCGGCUUUAAUCCAUCUGUGAUUACUCCGACAGCAACCUGUAACUGGUUACCGAGCGUUUUGGAUUCAGGCAGGUUGAAGCACACGCGUUGUCAUGUCGGACUCGGAGGAGGACAGCCAGGACAAGCAGCUUAAAAUAGUGGUGGUUGGAGAUGGAGCAUGUGGGAAGACAUCACUCGCCACUAGAUUUGCACAGGAGGCCUUUGGGAAGCAGUACAAACAAACUAUCGGCCUGGAUUUCUUUCUGAAGAGAAUAAGCCUUCCAGGUAACUUGAAUGUGACUCUUCAGGUGUGGGACAUUGGAGGCCAAACAUUAGGGGGGAAAAUGCUGGAUAAAUAUGUAUAUGGAGCCCAUGGGGUUCUUCUAGUAUACGACAUUACAAACUACCAGAGCUUUGAGAACCUGGAGGAUUGGUUCAACUUGGUAAAGAAAGCCAACGAGGAAUCUGAUAUCCAGCCCGUUGUUUUCUUGGUGGGCAAUAAAAUCGACCUGGAGCACAUGAGGACCAUAAAGGCAGACAAACACCAGCGCUUCUGCCAGGAAAAUGGCCUCAUCAGUCAGUUUGUAUCGGCAAAGACGGGUGAUUCGGUUCACCUUUGUUUCCAGCGAGUAGCUGCUGAAAUCCUUGGUGUCAAGCUAAAUAAAGCAGAAAUAGAGCAGUCCCAGAGGAUCGUGAAAGCUGAGCUGGUGGACUACCCACAGGAUGAAGGCCCCAUUAGACAUGAGAACGCUCAGCAGAGCAAAAUCUGUUUGCUUCAGUAAUUGAAAGUAUGUCUCUACAGUUAGUGGGCAGACCUUAUAUCCACUGUAAACCGUAGGUUUGUAGUUGUAAAUUAGAUCCCUGUCGUUAGGAUAUGCCCUCUAGAAAUAUGUAGUUCACCUUUUUACUUCUUUGCCAUCCGUCAUCUUCUUACCUUUUUUCUUGUAUUCAUGUUGUAUUGUUGAUAUGUCCUAUAAGCUGUUAUUUUUUUCUAUGCAGCUGUGACUGUACUACUUUGCCCAACACAAAUUUCCCUUCAUGGGACAAAAACAUUCAUCUUGUCUUAAGUAGUUCAGUUUUAUUUUACUAAAGGCUUGUUCACACAACAUGAUUUAAAAAAGACCAAGUGAUUUUCACAACACAAGAGACCCCAAACAUGAUGAUUAAAAAUCACCAUACAGCAUGUUCUCUCCAGCCAGAUGACAGGGGCAGUACACCACACACAAGCCGGUUUUGAUGCUUUCAUGAAGCAAAGCAUUCAGACGCAUCUACUGUAACACAUGUUGUUGGUCUCUGUAUAUUCCCCGCAUACAGGGCGAAUGUUAGCAAAGGGAAACCAGUGACAGCCCAAUCAAGCUGACCAGUCACUCUGGGAUUUCCUGCUACUGUUUGAACCAGCUGGAUUGAAUAUAAAAUGUUUUUUAGGUUGUAGUAACUGCAAGUACCAGAAUUUAAAAGGUAUUCAUUCUUAAACUGUUUCACAACAGUUAAGAAAAUAUGUUAGUGGAGUUAUCAGAGCACUCUUGUUUUCCCUCAUACAUGAAAAUAAGAUUGACCUAGCAUGUAACCCUAAGUGAAGAGUAACCUGUUUAUGUAUAUUGUUCAGUUUUCAUGGUUUUAUGCUGACAGCUCUGCAGGAGGAGAGAUCACUGUUUGGAUGCAGUGUUUGUCUCCCAGCCAGAUCCUGGAUCAGCUUCUCUGAUUGCUUGAUGCAGCGCGUUGAGCAGCAAAUGUUCAGGUUUUCUUACUUCAGAAACUGAUUUGAACAAGCUUGAAUCACGGUACACCACAUAGGAGAGGAUAAUGGGACAAGACACUCCAUCAAGUUGGAUUUUCCCUGAUUUGCUAGAGGAGUUUUAGCGUUCUGCUGAGCAGAACUGAUCACACAGUGCAGCGAGAGGCCCUGAUAUCUGGUCAUGAUUUAAUUGUCAUGAUUAUCUUGCUGUGUGAAUCCCCCUUAACUGGUCCUGAUGGUCACUUCCACUUCAAGAUACAUAGAGAUGUUUUGUUUCAACCAGAGUUUGAAAUGUUGGCAUACAUGUUGAGCCUUGUGUUAAAGAAACAGCUCAGCAGAUUUAGAUAAUGCUUAUUCAGAGUCUGACCAACUCCAUGCUCAUGUCUGCACACCACAUAUGUUCUCACAGUCAGCAACUGCUGUAAAGCAUUCUGUUAACCUUUGGCUAAGAAAAAGCCUGCUCAACAUUAGAUUCUACAAUCCUGACCAAAUAUAUUAUAUUACUGGUUGUUAAAGAUGUUCAGUUAGUCUGUUGUAUUUUUUUUUUUUUGCAAAAGAAGCAACUUAAAAUAAACAUAAAGCAAUUAUAGAAAUGAUUCUGCUAUUCCACAUAAACAUGGAAAGAUCACGCCAAUAGUCUUAAUCAUGUAAACAAGCAGACCAGGCAGAGGUCAUGGCCUCUGCAGUAAUGCACAGGUGGAUCAUAACAGUUGGGGCAUAUUUUCCAAAAAAAAAUGUUUGAACCAAGUUAUUCUGUUUAAAAAGAACAUGCAUCAAAUACUAAGGAGGUGUGAUGGAUGUACAGUUACUUAAUAAAAGUAAACAAAGAAAAAUAAUAUAAGUAAAUGAACCUUAAACAAGAAGAAAUUUGUCUUAUUUAUUGUCAGAAAGUGAAAAAAGUAAACAUUUUCUAAACUUGUAUAAAUAAUCUGUUUUGAAGAGUAAAACCUCAGUUUUCACAUCCUUUGGUGUCCAAGGUUGUAGCCUACUACCCAAGCUUCCUUUAAAACAGUGCAAUCGCUGCAGCUGCUUUUUAACUCACUGUGUG